AUGAGUAUUUAUGAUGGUGCUUUUUCAUUUUCAGGUGAGAUUAGAGAUGUGGUAAGACAUUAUGAAACUUUACAUACGGGUGACAUUUUUCAUGACAUUCACAAGAGAGAUGUCAACAACAAAGAAAAGACACUUUCUUUUACAACAUUAAACAGGUACAUAUUUUUUUCAUAGCAUUGUUUUUUUGUAAUUUUCUUAAACUUUUCUAGGAAUAUUAGCAUGUUCUGUUAGACGCCUAAUCAGCUGAAUCAACCCAAGCUGAAAAAAAGUUACUUACUUACUUACGUAUUCUGAGGAUCACAAUCAUUAAGUGACACCUUGGAAAAAAUAAAGCAUGGCCUGUACUAUGUUAACCUACAUAUACAGUGAGUGGUAAUAGGACUGGGUUUGUUGAGGAUGAUAAUACUCAUUUACAGAGUCUUUUUAAAACCCCUUCUCCCAAACAGUGUGGCACUUACAAGUAGGCUUGGUGUAAAUUUGUCUUUUAACCCUUAAAACCCUAACAGUGACCAGCAUCUUGUUUCUUCCUAUGAUAUCAUUCCUGAAUCACACAUUAGGGUCGCGAGAAUAAAGAAAAUCAUCAGCAAUAAAAGAAGCUCUUAAUUGUUAUCCAAAUUCUCCUUGUCAGAACCUUAGGAUAUGUAUCGAGAACAGAAUGGAGAAUAUACCUUCUGAUGUUAGGUGGGGAAAGGCUUGAACUCUGCAAAUUUGAAGAGUUGCUUGCAGUGUAUUGGAGAACAACUUUUUGUAGCUUCUUGUGAGCUCUCCAAACUUCCAAGUACUUUCGUAGCCUGAUAACUAUGUACAUGUAUGUACAAUUAAAAGCAUUAACUAAGUCUUUUACAACUUGUAGCAGGCACACAGGUUUAGUUUGAGUGCUGGUUUAUCACAAAUUGUUGAUGAAAAUUUACACCUUUGAAAAGGUUGUCUAGGGAAAUUUGUUUAUUUGAAUAAAUAAAAGGAAAUGCAAACAAUCAAAGCCCAGUUUUAGUCAAGUUUUGGCCCUCCAGAAAGAUUUUUCAUUCUUCAAAAUGAUGUUCAUAGUUGAUAAUAAUUUCUGUUCGUGGUACAGUUGCCAACUAUGGACUCCAGGAAACUUGAUGUUUUCUCCUUAGUAAGAACAAAACUAUUAUUUUGAUGAACUGUACAGUAGAUAAAAAUUGACACCAUGAUGGCUCAAUAAGGAUUAUGAUGGACAAUUUUACUUGCAUCUUAUUUUCUAUUCUGUGUAUCUUUCAGGCAUUUUAGACUUCAUUUGACUCCUCACAGUGAGCUCUUUGCUGAAGACUUUCAUGCUUAUUCAGUGGCAGAAAAUUACCCUGAGAAAGAAGUUACUGUAGAUUUAGAAGGCUUCUACAAGGGUUAUGAUGAGGGUAAGAUUUUUAGUUGUAAAUGUAUUUUACUUUUAUGAGGAACUUCAUGGUGUUGAAAUGUAGACAUAUACUUUUUAUGAUACAGUGACAUUUUUAUCUCAGUGAAGGGAAAUUUCUUCCUUGGCUGAAUCCAAAUUUCCUUUGUGUUAGCCCAGAAAAUAAUUGAUUAGAGUCAGGGUAUGAUAAGGAGAGUAAGGAUCAACCAAGGUACAUAAAAAAUAUUGUUUCAGAUAUGAGAUUAAAAUUUAGCUGUGAUACAUUCAUGUAGAUUGCAUCCAUUUUAUUAUCCAGAUCCUUAAACUUAAACUGGGAUAUCUUAUAUGUUCCUUGUACAUCAAAACUUCAUUUCCUAAAGGUUAUGAUUAGUAAUGUACUCUUUCAUCAAUCUCUCAUACAGUAGUUCAUGGUGUUCCCUUGGAAAAACUGAUCACUUUUGGAAACAGAUAAUGUCUGUAGACAAAUAUCUGUACAUAUUUGCAAGCCAAAUGAAGGCUUUUGUAUAUUUUAUAAGUGCAUCGUGAUUGGUUAUUGCCUAUGAUCUAGUGGGAGACAGAUGUGAAGAUGACAUCACCAUCAACAAAAUUUUUCUUCUUUAUUUUGUAAAACAAAAAGAUUCCAUGUUGCAGUGGGUCUGUACAGUAGUAGUUCACAGAGGUAUCCAAUCACUUCAUCCCAUGAUCAUUUCGCCCCCAGUCACUUUGCUGACUGCAUUAGUUAAUAAAUCUGAACUGACAUAAGUUCAAAAUCAGUCCAACUCUAACAUCAAAACAAAAAGUUCAUGACAACAUUUCACUAAUUUCUUACAUGGAGUGAAGUAACUUUUGUAUAAAGGGAAGUAACUUUUGUAUGAAGAGAAGUAACUUUUGUCUGAAGGGAAGUAACUUUUGUAUGGAGCGAGGUGACUUCGAUUAUGGAGCGAACUGACUUUUGGUUGGAGCGAAGCGACUGGGGGUGAAAUGACCAUGGGGAGAAAUGGCUGUAAUUCGUCACAGAAGACUGUUGCUGUCACUAAAUUUAUUUCCUAAUUACACAGUUUUUUCCCUAUAGUUUGGUAUUCCAAAAUUUAAAGCUGUGUUAUGAAUCUAUUGACCCCCCCCUUUUUUUUUCAAUUUUGCAACCAAUUGUUUAGAUGCUCAAGAUAAUUAGUUUUUAUAGAAUACUCUUCAUGCAACUCUUUGAUACAGGUGACUCAACAUCAAGGGCAAGAGUUCAUGUUGACCAUGGAAUCAUUACAGCUUCUAUUGCGACAAAGGAUGACAUUUACAUUGUUGAGGUACAAACUGUGAUUUUCAUGUCAGCGAACUUUAUUGCUUUUGAUAUAAAUGAAGAUGGUUAAUUUUAAGCCUGGUGAUUUUAAGUGAACAGUGAUGUUGAUCUGUAACUGACACAAGUAUACUUGGAGGAAAAAAAACUCUAAUGCUCCCAUCAGGAUGAUUGCAGGUGUGACUCCUAUUGGGAACUCUUGGCAUUCUUUCUCUCCAAGUGUGCUGGUAUCAUUUGCUGAUAAACCCCUCUGUUCAUUUUUGUUUUAGAAGUUCUUAUUUUGUGUAAUAAUAUUUUAAUUUACAUUGUGGCAAAUUCAAAUGGGGCCUCUCAAUGUUUUUAAUAAUAUAUAAUCAGGAACAAGGAGUUUUUAAGUCUGCAGAAUUAAAGCAAUUCUGUAUACUCAACCCAAACAAAGGGUUCACAUAGAUCUCUUACACGAUCAUCUUGUAGUAUUCUAAUAGUCUCUGAUCUAUUUCAUACUCAGACUGAGCGCUGAAAAAAAACACAAUGCAGCUGUCUCAGAUAAGAUACUGACAGUUAAUAACAUAUGAAUUAAAAAAAACAUGUGAAGAUAACAUUUUGGUUCUAAGCUUGCAAGAUGUUACUUUUAAAAAAUGUUUGUCUAGGCCAUUGAUAUUCUUCAGGGAGCUAAUAAGAUUUCAGAAUGACUCGUUACCCAUAGAGUUUGACAAGCCAGGAUGUGUUGCAGUUUAUACCAGAUAAAUCCAGCUAAUUUGAUAUCAACUCAUAAUUGAGUGGAGUCUUCUCUUGGAACUGCUUACCACUAGGGGUUAUUACUUAGGAUGUUUUAAUCUCUUUGAUGAGGCCAGUUUGUGAAAAGCACAGAUUGUGAAUUUUAUUCGAUAGACUAGUAGUAUAUUGUUGUUUUUGUUUUGUUUUGUAGCCAGCAUGGCGACAUAUUGCUGGCUCUAGCCAGGAUCAGAUGAUAUCUUACAGACAUUCUGAUGUGAAAUCCAAUAUAACAAAUGCCCAAGGCCAGGAGCCUAAUGUGUAAGUUGAAAAAUGCUAUAAAUAGUUAAAAUGUCCACAAAUAUGGAAUGAAUCACAUAACUUGUAUAUACAUGUAUGUUCUAUGUCAGAUUCUAUUUUCCAUAGUUGAUCAAACAAUUAAGUUUGUCAUACUAAUUAAAAGUUUUAUCUGGGUGUACUGAUUCAUGAUCACUUUUCCUCACCUAAAGUAUGCACUGAGCAAAUUUUUCAAUUCUAAAGUUUGAAAAAUUUUUUAAAUUAAUGAACCCCAUAAUAAGCAUUUAUGUCAAUUACUCUUUGCUGAUUGAAUGCAUUCAGGAAGGAAACAUGUUUACAGGAGCAAGGAGUAGAAUGUUGUUUGCUUAAUAAACCAUGAGAAUUUGAACUUCCUUGUUAGAUUUACUAAGUUUUUUUUUAAACACAAUUUUUUAGGAAGAAAAAAUUCAGUUUUUGUGGACAUGAUUCACAUCAUUCUCCUGUGCUUUAUGCAGAUGAAGAUGAUAGCCAUGGUGAGUGCUGUAUUUAUGUGACAAGCUAAGUCAGUAACAAUUCAUAGGGGCAAUUUCUUGACUGAACAGUUCAGACAUGUAGGGAGUAUUAUUAUUGUGAAACUUGGCUAACUUUGAGUACAAAAAAUAGAUGAAAUGUUGUGGUUGCUUUCCAGGAAAAAAGCCAAUGAAGGGUGACCACUGUAAACUGUAACCAGCAAUGUUAAUUAGAUCUGAGUUUUGCACUGAUUUUUUGUUAGCAGUUUCAGUUUCCAUGGGGAAUACAUGGUGGCAGACAGGAGGUUAUUGCUUUGAGUACUUCUUGAAAAAGAGUUGAAAAUAUGAAAAAAAAAAGGACUAACCUGAAAAGGGUAUAGCUCCUGAAAUUGAAUAUGUGUUGUUGUAUUAUCAGCACAGGGUACGUAUUCUAAGAGAAAAAGACGUGCUGCUCCAACAAGGAUAAGAUGUCGCCUUGCACUGGUUGCUGACUAUCGAUUCUUUACUGAAAUGGGUCGGGGAGAUACGAAGCAAACCAUCAAUUAUAUGGUAAGUUAAAACAGUCAUAGGCAUAAAAAUCAUUUUUGAUUUUUCAAAAAAUGUAAUCAUUGUCUUGUGAAAAAAUAACGAUACUGAUGUUGAUGUUAAUAUGAUUGAGUCACUAUUGGAGAACAAGAUGGUGAAGAGAAAAAUAGGGAAAAGUUUCCAAUACUUUGACUUACUUGGACAAGAUCUUAACAUCUGCUGCUCAAUCCAAGCAAAUGUGUGAUUUGAAGAACAGGAAACCUGGGGUAUAAUUUUGAAAAUUUGAGGAAAUGAUUUCAAGCAAGGUAUAUGUUGUGUGGAGAUAUCUAUCUUUUCCCUAAGCUGUUCCAGGUGAAUAUAACAUUGUUCCAUGUUAUCCAAAUUAGACACUUGCAGGAUUGAAUGAUUUUAAUUUGUUGAAAAGCUGAGAUCUGAUUCAACUUGAUAUUUCCUUGUGAUUUAUUUAUAAAAUUAAUGUUUAUUAAUAGCAAUUAUGUUUUCUGUACACACAGAUUGGUGUCAUAGACAGAGUGGAUUCCAUUUUUCAAAGAACUGCAUGGUCAGAGGAAUACAAAGGAUAUGGAUUUGAAAUUCAAAAAGUAUCAAAUAUAUGUUAUGAUUCUUAAGGUCUUUAGCCAUUCACUCCCAAGAUAUCAUCAGUAAAUCCCCUUACUGGUUCCCAUACAAUUCUUUUGUCAUUAGUUCAGAGAAUUUGGUGUUGGAUCAGCUAAUAAUCCUAAUCAAAACUAUGACAAAAUUCUUGAAUGUGACUGGUCAUCACCCACUCAAUUUGAGCACUAAUAGGACAGAGUAUGCGUCAUGCUUGUAAUUGGACAGUGUAAUAGAACAUAACUCCUUAUAGGACAGUUUAAGGGACAGUUAACCUGUCAUGCUUGUGUAAGUGGAUAGAAUGCAUCAUGUUCUCGCAGAGUUAACUGUUGUUUUUUUUUUUCUCUAUGAAAACAUCCAUAGCCAGUUUUUAGUUUCUCAAAUUUUGUCAUAGUUUUGAUUAAUUGGUAACAGGACUUCGUGUCCAAUUCUGUCUGUAAUGUAUACUUGUGAUAAACAGAUCAGACUCCCUCUUUGUGGUCAUCUGAUUUUGUUACACACCUGUAUGAUUAUAGACAGAAUUGGACUCCAUUCAGUCCUAUUACCAUUAUUAAUUGAUAUUUUAUUUGUUCCCAUCUCUUUUCUGCUUGAUAUUAUAUUGUUUAAAGCUUAAAAUAGAUAUCUUGAAACCCAGAAUCAAUUGUCCACAGUAGAACUUUACAACCAAGAUGUUGUCUAAGUGUGUGAUUAUGGCUGAUUGUGACUGUUAAGCUGCUCUGAAUGUAAUGUAUGAGAUGGACACAAGCAUGUGUGCCAUGUAGAAUCAGAGAAUACUCUUUUAGAUUUAUUUGUAUGUAGAUAUAGUGGUAAGUAAUUAACAUCUACUUUGGAGUAAGACUGACAGCCUUGGUGGCCCUGUGUGUCUUGGUGGCCCUGUGUGCCUUCCUAACCUAAAUACUCUCAGUAAUUUAGUACAUUGUAAGUUACUUUGUUAUUACUCAAUCUUACUCAAAUUCUCUGUAUGAAAAAGUUGGUAGACAGCAGUUAAGGGUGCAUUCAGUAUUAGUACAACAUGUGUUUUACCCCCGCACAUAUAUUUCUUUUGUUUCUUUUGUGAGUUACAAAGAAUGUGAGCAAUUGCAUUGUAAAUCGUUUUGGUAAUUUGUUUCUAUCUAUAGAAAAAUUAUUUUAAUUUGUUUUAGUAGAGUAGUUUGGUAUAAGCUACCUGCAGAUAGAAGCCUACUCUUUAACAAACUUUAGUUUGCAACUGAAUAGUGUAUUGUUCAUAAUCUGGAGCUUAUCCAUUCACAGGUGUUAGUCCACAAGACACCUACAGGAGAAACAGACCAUUAUAACAAGGACACAAGUGCCAGCAAUCCAUGGGAAAUCAAGAAACUUCUCAAUGUAAGUUAUGUGACAAUGUAGUUGUGAGUUGCAAGUCUAACUAGUUUUAAGUCAUCCUUUUGGUUUUCUGGGAGGAAAAGGCAAAGAUGAUUUAGAUUAUUUUUUAAACUGUAAAUUUUUACAAAGUUUCUUGAUGAAGGUAUUAUUAUGUGGUCUCACAACAAUUGUGCUGAUAAAAUCUUGCAAACAGAAUCUUCUUAGUCCAUUCUGAUAUUCAUGCAUCAUUGUUUUUUUUCCCUCUCCUCAUCGUUGGGAGAAACUUAAUCUGUAAUUUGUGAGCAGAACUGAAAUUUUUCUGUAAAAGUUUCCCACCCCCUAAACUUAUCUUGUCCUUCAUGUUCAGUGUAGGGUAUUUUUAGUUCAUUUCAAUGCAGAGCUAUAUUAUAUUUGUCAGGCAUUCAGUCGGAAUGAAGAAUGGCGUCAAUACUGCCUUGCACAUCUGUUUACUUACCAAGACUUUGCUGAUGGUGUCAUUGGCCUGGCUUAUGUUGGCAAUCCUAAGAGCAACGCUGUGGGAGGAAUCUGUACAAAAAGUAAUGUACCUGCAACAACAUUUUUACAAACAAACUUAAAUAAAACAUAAUCCCCAAUGCUCAUGUCUGUACUAAAGAGUUUUAGAUCUAUGUUUGUUUCUGGGUAUGUGUUACUGCAGACCACUAGGAGUCACAAGUCACCCAUUUGCUGUUCGUGUUUGAACUUACGGCAAGGCCGUUUGGGUGGUCUUUUUUCUUCUUCCUGUUUGAAAGUUCUCACGCAUGUCCUGUAAAUAUAUGUGAGAUGAGGUCUCUUCUUUUUAGUAGACCAAAACCAAACUUCUUGCUACGUUAUGUGUUUGAAAUGAAGGACUUUCAUGCUUUUUGUAAUUCAAGAUGGUAGCACACAUGUUAGUUGUGAUGGCUUUAAAUUGUCAGGUGAAAGGUGACGUUGAUCAUAAAGGUUGAAAUCUUAAAAACUUCUAACUUCUAACCUCAAACCCCUAACCGCAGUUUGAGGUUUGUGGUUAACACACUAAAGGUAGAUCUAAAACUCUGCAGGAUCUAAUAACUUCUGAAAAAGUACUGUAGGACUGAAUUUAAGGUACAUCUACUUAUUAAACUUUAAUUCAGAGAAUAAAUUUAUCUGCGCUUUGACUUUUUUGAUUUAGUUUUUAAUUAGUAAAUUGCACAAAGAUGGACACAUAUGCUUUCUGAAAAUGAACUAUCUGUGACAAAAUGUCUACAAUGCAAAAUACUGGAAAGGAGAUGAUAUAUGACUGCAAUGAGAAUGUGGUUACCCCUUGCAUUGGUCCAGUUAGUCAGAUAUUCUGAUAACGUUCUAUUUUUGGUGUUUAGGGUAUUUCACAAAUAAUCGAUGGUUGUACCUGAACACUGGACUAAGUAGCAGUGUUAAUUGGGGCAGAAAACUCCUUACAGAAGAGGCUGACAUUGUUACUGCUCAUGGUACAGAAACUGUUAAACAAUUUUUUAUUUGGUCUAAACUGCAUGUACACUGCAAACAAGUUUAUUCCCUUUCAGUUUGUUAGUUUGGCACACUUAAGUUACAUGCCUUAAAUUUUGGCACUAUACUGCUGUUUGAUAACCAGAAAGGGUUAAAAGUCAUCAAUGUAUGCCCUUGGCAGGGUUUGCACAGUUCCUGGAAAACCUGGAAAAGCCUUGAAUUUUAUUUUGACAUUAUCCAGGACUGGAAAGUCCUGUAAAAAGGCUGCAGGUGCUUAACUCAAGCAAGACAUUAUUGUAGGCUGUAAGGAGAAUUGAUUUUGAACUCUUGGGAAUGGAGGGGUUGAAGGUGAACUUUGGAGUUCUGGAAAAGCCCCUGAUAUUUGUUGGCUAACAAGUUAUUACUGGGAACGAAGUAUAGAAAAUGUGGUAUGUUAUUUGUUGAAUGAACAACCGUCUAUUUAUGUCAUUCAUUUGAGAUGUCUCAAUUACAUAUUACAUUCAACCCAGUUGGUGCCACAGUCUCAGUCUGCAUGUUAUCUCAGAGAAAUAAUUAGUGAAGUACCUUAUUGCCUAUUUAUCAGGCCUGCCUAUUUAUAUUACGUUGCAUGAAUUAAUAGGCUUAUGUCACACUUGGUUGGUUUCUUAACUCUUAAGAAAGACAAUCAUUCGUUAAUUGGUGUCAAAAUGUUCACUAUCACCUUCAAUUAUUUUAAUUCUAUCAUUGUUGUCUUUUCUGUUUUAUGUCUGAUGGAUUACUCUCAAUGAUGAAAGAAAUUGGUAAGUGUAGUACACGAUGAAUCCUUGAUACUUCACUUUAUAGGAGAUCUUAGUAAAACAUUAUGCAACCUUACACCUGUUUGUACUGUGGGAAUUUUUCAUGCACCUGGUAUGGAGCCAGGUGUAAAUUACAGGUAUAAAAACAGUGGUCUAGUUCGGCUUUAGUGUCAAAAAAAUUUCAUCUGCCACAAGUUAAUUAAGGACAAUAAAGCGCCUUGAGUUUUGUUUAGCACUGCUCUGAGAAAAAGACGUACUCCAAGAACACCGACUCAGUGUUUGCUCUGACAAAUGGCUCACAUGAUUUAUCAGCUUUUCCAUUUUUUUCUUAAUGUCGAUUAAACCUCUGGGUGUAAAUUGUUAGUUCAUAAGUAUUCUAACCGAAAAAAAAACCACAAAUUAUGGCAUUUCAACUUGUUAUACUAACAUGAUGUCAUGCUCUCAAAGGCUAACUGUGGAGGUGAUCCAACCAAUCAUCAUAUAAUAUGAUAGCGUUUUAUUUGAUGUGCGCCACUGCUUAUUCAUUCUUCAGGACACAAUUUUGGCAGCGAACAUGACCCAGAGACAACAGAAUGUGCUCCACCAGAAUCUAAUGGAGGAAAAUUUAUCAUGUAUCCUGCCUCUGUCAGUGGACAGUGGAGAAACAACAAGGUACACAGACGCUCCACUGUAAUUUAACAGCUUGAGUAACUGAUAAACAUAUACACAAUCAAACUGAGUGCUAUUGCUUCUCAGGUCAACCGUUGGCCCAUAUUAGCGGACCACAUAAUGGAAUAUGGUGGAGAUGGUAAUGAAUGGGAAAGAAAUCGAGAAUUGAAUCACUCAGAUACUCCUUGAAAAAGGCUUAUAAACUGUAGUCGUUUAAAUGCGUGUAGUCUAUAGUCAAGCUGUGACUGCAAUGCUGCCAAUGCGUCCACGUGAUGGAAAUUAAUGAACCAUGGUUUCAAUUUACAUAGGCUAUCAUACCUUAUUUCCUUGAAUUGGCACCCACCCCCUCGGCCAUUAUGUCAAACCAGCGCCACUCUUGAAUAGGCGCCCUUCUCCUCCUUUACUUUCUCACAUGAGUAGGGCUACAAGAAAGAAUUGUUUCUGUCGACACCUAAUUUAAAACUUUUUAAGCUUCAACUACAGCGGAAUCACUUGCAGUUAUUUCUAUCUCCAUAUUGACUGUACGUCUACGCGGAUAAUGUUGUUGUUGUUUUUGUUUUAAAGAGUUAGCCAAAAUAAACUUACAGAAGGGAAAACGUUUUAAGCGCCUUCCCUUUAAGCCCAAAAUUUCGAUAGGCGCCCGGGCGCUUAUUCGAGGAAACACGGUAUUUUGGCUGUGAUUUCAUUAAAAUUUUACAGUCUUUGAUUUACUUUACAGCUGUUCUCUCCAUGCAGUAAGCGGAGGAUUCUAAAUGUCUUACAAUCCAAGUCGUUUUGUUUCUACGGUAUGUAAAAUUGAGAUCUAUCGUUUCAAGGAAUUUAUGGAAAAUAACGAAAUGAUCCUCACUGGUAGUCGAGGAAAUUUCAGAAAAAGAUGCUUGGAAAAAAAUUCAGGUUUUUACUUGGUUUCGAUACUUUGUCGAAGGACAAAGGAAUUUACCCGCUGGGAACAUGAUAGUUCGAAGCUCGGUUGGUUGCACCGCCCAGCUUGUAUUCCGGAAGCACGGGUUUGAAACACGGCGAAGUCUGAAUUUUUCAAGAUCUUUUUUGGGCAAUUUUUUUAGGUGUAGUUCGCAUAUGUAGACAUUUUGUUAUCUGGCAUCAUCUACUCGUCAAAAGAUAAUUUAUUUCAUUUACACGAGAGUAAUAUAUGCGUCAGUUCUAAGGCUGUCACCUACGGCAGGCUGCACAUGUAGAUGAAACUGUUGUACUAGUUCAGUAGUUGCAGCAGAAUGAGGCUUGUUUAUCUGAAUUCACUUACAAUCAGCCUAAAAGUGAAACGACAUUGUGAUGAUAGGUUUAGCAUCUGAGAGAAUUUUUACCCUAGUGAAUAAUGUUUGACCCCUAAGGCGUGCUUAUAUGAGAAUACCAAUGCAAGUAGUGAUUGUACAUGCUUACCACCUAACUGUAUGAUCUGUUCCAACACAGAACCAAGGGCUGAAAUCUGUGGUAAUUACAAGAAAGAAAAAGAGGAAGAAUGUGAUCCCGGUGGCAUAGGUGCACAGGAAAGCCAAUGUUGUACCGCAAACUGCAAGCUGAAGGACUCAGCUCUCUGCAGGUUUGUGUUCCGAGUUUCUUAACCUUGUUAUUUAUACUUUUCCACUUCGAUCUUGUUGAUCUCUGGUUUCAAAUUUCAGAAAACUUGAGCUUUCAGCUUCCAGUCUACAUUCUUAAAAAACUAAAAUGUACAAACACAAGGCUGGAAACAUGCGAAAUGAAAGUGUGAAAAAUUGUUAAUUUCGAAACCCGGUGGAAAGAAUUAUGUAAAGGGAAUGUGGAACAUUCUAAAAAUUGUGAAGAAAAAAAAAAAAUUUUAAGUUCGGUGAUGGAAUAAAAUUUUUAAGCAGAGAAUUCUUUUUACUGGAAUAUCCACAAUUAAUUUGUUAAAGAAGAUGUUUUUCAGUGAAUGACACAGGCAUAGUCUGGGAAAAAGAACUCCGAGUGCUCUCAAUAGGAGUCGAACCUAGGACCCUCCAAUUAGCACUUCGGAUGCUCUACCACGGAGCUUUAGAAGACUCGUUUAACAAGGUCCAUAGAGACAAACUUCCUGCAUACUACGAGGAUGUGAUGCUUAUGUGCAAUGAUGAUGUAAAGAGAGACAGUGAAUUUUAUGCCUGGUGUUGUUAGUGAAGGUGCAUGUUUUUUCAUACAGUGAUGGCUAUGACUCACCGUGCUGCAAGGACUGUUUGUACAACAAUUCCACGGGAAUUCUGUGUCGUGAAGCUGAUCCAACCACCUGUAAAGGCAGCACUUACUGUGACGGGAAGAGUGCCCAAUGCCCUGCAGCACCUAACAUGCCGGAUGGAGCUAAAUGCAUUGACAGGUUAAUAUGUUGUCCUUACUGGGAUGAUAACCACAAAUCAGUCAUACGUGUGCUGCUUACCUUUCUGUUUGACGGUUCAAAGAGUGCUGAUACACUGAUAACUCAUGAGAGUAAAAGGCUUUAGUAGAUAUUUACAUCAAACUGUUUGUAAUUUCAGUAACUUUGGGAAGUCGAAGAAAACUCUCUCAGCCAAAUAUCCUCUUGCAUUUCUUUACAUAAUUUUGGAUUAACGACAGCAGCUGAGCAACUGCGCACGAACCCCUUCCCCAACUAAAACAGUAGGGUUAGGGUUAGACCGAUGAGGUACUGAAAAGUAAACAAUCUAUGUGUGGCCAACAAAGUGAGUUGUUGAAUAUUUUCAGUGGGACAUGCCGAAAUGGAGUGUGUAAACCUUUCUGUGAAGCCCUUAAUCUGAAGCCAUGUAAAUGUUCCGGUGUGGAUGAUUCCUGUAAAGUUUGCUGUCAGGGAAGCAAUGGAAUUUGUGCUCCUCACAGAGACAACGAUACUGGUUCAACAUUGGACAUCCUUGAUGGGCGAUCCUGUCAGGGGGAGGGUCAGCAGGGUACCUGUGUCAAGGUGACUUACUUACUUGAGUAUAGCCUGCAGUGCAGUCGUCUUAUUAUAGCUAACGUCACAAGCUCACGAUCAUUUAUCCCACCUGCCAUGUUUGAUUUGAAGUGAGGGUGGACGGUGGGGGUAGGGGGCGGGGUAAGGGCGAGAAGACUCUUCACUCCCCCACCCCAAGUCCUCUCCUUAUUUUGACCGUCGACCGCCCCCUAGGUAAAAAAAUUUCUUUCUAUCUCCAGCCUUCCGCUGCCAUCAAAAUCAAAGAUGGCGGCCAUAAUUUUCGUUUAGAAAAUACUGAGCACUCGUUCGCCAAAAUUACGCCUGCUCUGCAGGCUAACUUACGUGGCGAAUGGUAUUUAAUUUUUAAACAACAACAUACCCAACAUACAACAUACCCUUCGCAAAGGGUAUGUGCUAUCCACGUGAUACUGACAGGUGACAUUCACUCAAUUUUGUUUGUUUGUUUUUAUCAGGGCAAAUGUGAGAAAUUAAGUCAAGAUCUUGUAGAGAGAUUUUGGACAUUUAUAACCACCCUGGACAGUAAUAUAGUCGCUCAGUUCAUGAAGGACAAUCUGGCUGGGACAGUUGUGGUGUUCUCAUUACUGAUUUGGGUUCCCGCCAGUUGUUAUGUUAAUCGAAUUGUAAGUGAAUUAGAACUAGUCUACAGACGGCCACAUGUAUCAGGCUUUUCUCACUCUGGUUGGCUUUAUUUUCCUAAACCCCUGUUUGCAUUACCUGUUACAACAAAUGCCAUAAACUUAUACUGGAAUUUAAAAAUACUGUUGUAAGGAGUAGGAAAAUCAGACCGUGAUCUACUACAUGUAGGAGGACGGAGCCAGUGGAGUUUGAAAUCAAUGAAUACUAACAGCAAAAGCUGGCCUCUGAGUAGUGAUUAAUUAAUAAAUAUUCACCGAAAUGGAGGUAGCUGGAGGUGAAUAGUCGUUUUAGUAUUUACUAGAACAGUGAGAUGAAAACAGCACAAAAAGAUGAUCAUAAUUUAUUCCUGCAAAGAUUGCGAUAUUUUCGGGUGCAAAUCUCGCCCGAGUUGCUCGAAGGUGAAUAGCCUCAGAGCGCGCCUUCGACGCUAUCCAUUGGCGUACAAAUUGACAUCGCUGUCUAUUUUGUGUAAGAUUCAUCGAGUGCACUGACCCUCGAUUAACAAUCACUUUCUUCUCAACAUGCUCAGCGAGGAGACGUAAAGGCAAAAAAACCGUUACGAUUUUACUGAAGUGUUUCUUCUCUUAACUAAUGUGAUAUUUAUGUUGUGUAAUCCUGUGUGUUUGGCGUGAUGUUUGUUUUUACACUUGUCCUAUUUUAUUUCCAAACUCGUGUUGUAGGACAGGAAGCAUGACAAGAGAGAAUCGUUAGAAGCGGAAUGGAGAGACCCCAAGGUAUACAAAUACAUGUCACCAUUUCUCCCUCGUCUCAAUUCAUACGCUCUAUAGUUUGUUCAUUCCCUUGAAUAGUAAUACAAAACAAACAAAUAAAUCUUCUCAAACAUUGGAAAAGAAAUGCGCGUGAUCAAAAAAUUACUUUCGAACUAUAACUGAUUUUUAACACUCGGUGAGGUUUCUCCAGUCAUGGAAAUGUCGUCUUGCGGUGUACAGCAGUGAUUCAGAUUCAAAUGGUGCUGUGUACCAAAGUUUGUCAGUCAGUGUGAUAGAAACCCUAUCAUGUCAGUACUAUUUUCUCUAACAAUCUUGAAGCUUUGGUCAAUAUACGAGGGGCAAACUGCCAUCCAUCCUAAAUGAAAACGAAACUUGUUUUCUGGGUCAUAACACGAAGCGCAGGAUCAGCUUCGAGAAAAUAUAAACCUGGGUAUGGCGUUGCUUCUAUCACAUAUCGCAAAAUAAUCGAGAUACUUCGAGCGCCCUGAUUGGCCAAGAACCUCUCUUUUAUUGCACCGGCAAACCCAUAGUUACUAAUAUAAGCGAUCCUCUCUUAACUAGUAGUUGAAAUAAGGCCUGAAAAAAUUUAGUAUGGGAUUUGAACCCGUGACCUUUGCGAUACCGGUGCAGCGCUCUACCAACUGAGCUAAUAAGACAACGGAGCGCUUUUCAUUUAGUUGGAUCCAAAUUAACCUACCUAGUGGUGAAUACUAAUUGUAAAUGUAUGAAAAUCAUAAAAGUGUGCUGCGGUAGAAGAAACGAAUGUAAGUGGUCCUCGCAGUUAUGAGCACUACUGAACUAGUAGUUGAAACAAGGCCUAAGGAAAAAAAAAUUCAGGCCCGUACGGGAUUUGAACUCAUGACCUGUGCGAUACCGGUGCAGCGCUCUACCAACUGAGCUAACAAGCCAAGUGGGAGUUAUUCAAUAUGUUGGAUUCAAUUAAACUUUCCAAGUGGUGAAUAAUGCCUGUAAAUAUAUGAAAAUCAUGUAUGUGCGCUGUGGUAGAAUACAUGAAUAGAAGCGAUCCUCGCAGUUAUGAACACUGUUGAACUAGUAGUUUGUAGAGCGCUGUACCGGUAUCGCAGAGGUCAUGGGUUCAAAUCCCGUACGGGUCUGAAAAUUUUUUUCAGGCCUUAUUUCAACUACUAGUUCAGUAGUGUUCAUAACUGCGAGGAUCGCUUAUUUUCGUUUCUUCUACCGCAGUGCACAGAUAUGAUCUCCAUAUAUUUACAGUCACUGAACCCAUAGUUAUUUUCUCAGUUAUAAGACAAUGAACGGCGCUUUCUAUCGGUUUCCAGCUCGUGAUUUUUCUCGUGUUCUCCCAACAUCUUGCAUAUGUUAUUACGCCAGUAGACCGAUAGAAAGUGUGGACUAUUGUAAAAAAUUGAAACUCUUCACAUUCUACCGCGCACCUGAUGCUAAGCAUUUUUGUCAUCCCGCCUACUGGUUCACUUUAAUAUGAUCAGCCGUACUCCGCUUAACAAAAUGUAUAUUAACAAGUUUCCGCUUCUUCAACAGAACACUCAGCUUCUUCGUCAGCCGGUGCCAACAAAUAAAGGAAAAUUUGUUUACAGGCAAGACUCUAUAACGAGAUCUUCACAAGCUGACAAGCCUUUCAAAAUUAAACCGAAGAACAUUAGGACGCACAGAACCCCUCAGCUUGAAUACACCGCACAAAGAGAGACUUACAUGUAGGGGGCUUUACGAAAGAAUACUUUGUCAAUCACGAAUCCAAAUUAGUCAGACUAGAUAAUAGCAGGGAAUGGGAGACAUUGAAGGACUGUUGUGCGCUCAUUUGGAGGUUAAUUCCCAACCAGAAUUGAUCUUAGCAUGGUGGUCAGUCGUGUUGCUGUAAAACUACUGAAGUAAAUAUAUACACGUGUGAACAACAGUACAUUCUGGAAAACUACCACAAUGUUCGGAAACGAAGAAGCUUCUUACCAAAAAAAAAAAAUUCAAGCGCGUAUUACUGAAAGCGUUCUGAGUUUGAUGCUCUUUAUGUUUUUUGCACACCAUAAGCUUAUUUUUUUUAGUGUGAUGUGGCAUAAGGCUAUGUUAGAAGCUGAGUAAGUUUUAUCGCAGUUGCUAGAAAAACAGCAGUAUGUUUUUAAUAGCCUCUUGAAAUUUCAAACUUACAUUCCGUCACAUGAUUGUCUCAUAAAGCAAUGCCGCGUCGAACUCGAAACAGGGUAUACGUAGAUUUGUCGUUGGCUAUUUCUGUUCAGUGAGAGAUGAACAUUUUAACGGUGUUGUAAAAACGCUUUUUAACACUUUGCUUUAUAAUAAAAUUUCAACUGGAUGCUGAACUGGACGUUGUUCUAUGGAUGUGUUAACAAUCUUGACGUUAAAUAUGAAAGUGAUCUUGCAAUGAACACCACUUGAGCAGUAGUGAAAACAAGGCCUAAAAAUAUUGUUAUAUAUUCAC